UAGCUAUCGAUAUAGUUAGUGUUACUAGGUGCGAAGGCGCAUUAACAGAGACAACUCAGGCGCGGGGUUUCUACUUCUUUCCUCGUCCGUCUGCUUCGGGAUUCAUAAGCUUACUAUGGUUUUCAAAAUUGAAACGCACGAAAUAAGUGAAUUUUGCAUUCUUGGAGACGGCAUAAGUCCUCGGCUUCCUCAAACGAGCAGCGCGUCACCGAAGACACCUCAACCGAGCAAGCAUCUUUACUUAGCACCUCAACUUGCUCAACGUUCACAUGGAUCGGCUUCCUCGGGAUCAUUGCCGUCGAUCAAAGAACAGAUGACGUUCUCAGUUAAAGGCUUACCAAAGGUGAUACAUCUUAUGCACACUACACAGGAUAUAGAUUACACAGAAGGAAGAAAGGAAGCAGAACAUACAAUAAACAAAUCAGCAGAGAAUGUUGUUAAAAGACCGGAAACAUCUUCAGUUGAUGCUCCCUCUUUAUUCUACAAAAGACCAAUGAAAAAAUAUGCAGAUGAAACACUCUCUGCAAUUGGGCAUUCUGCGCUUCCAAGACCAAAAACAAGCCCACGUGAUCCAAAUAUAAAAACAGAGAAAAGCAUUCAAGCAUCCGCAAAUACAAACAGGAGCAACGGUGGCACAAUAUCACUCGAUUCCUAUUUUUAUUGUAAGCCAACAUCUCCACAGGGGUUUUACCCUAUUUCUCUGAGAACAUCUGGUUUGAGAGUUCGUCAUGGCCUUCGAUCAGUAAUGCCACACACACGCAGCUCUUCUGCGUAUGAUGCACAAAUCGAGUGUAUAUCCAGCGCAAUUCAUUGUAACUCAGCGAGUGAUGUUAAGAUUAAAACAUUUAAUGACAAUGAGGAUUUUAGCAGCAAAAAAGAUUUAGUAAAAAGGGACAUCACGAUAAAAUUUAAAUCGGAUUCAACAUCUGGAAAUUUACCGCUGUUUGAACCACUUGUUAAAUCUUUAGUAAAAAGGGACAGGAACAUGAUUAUUGGCUUGACUGCACUUUCGCGACGCCAUUGCCAAAGAAGACAAGAGAACAGUCAAUCAAAUAGUGUUUCUGAGUCUAAAAUAAAAGAUACACCAUCAUUACCAGAAGAAGAAAUGCCGAAACAGACGAUUAUCAACCAAUGGCUAGAAGACUGUCCAAAUAAUACUGGUUGUACUCCAUUUGAUUAUUCGACUUCCGAAAGAAAGACUAUUAUUUUGAAGGUACCUACAACAGCAGACGAAACAAAAGCCCACCAAUUAGCUUAGCGAAGGUAUUGAUUUAUUUAUCACCUACUUUAAGAAAUUGGCUAUUAAGUUUGGAGUAUAUAAUAAUAAUAUAAUUAAUAGCCAGACAAUAGCGCAUCAUGCCAAAAAGUAUAAUGAUACCUUGACAAUACCUUGCUUUAGAGUCAAGUUUUGUUCACUAAUUGAGUGAAGGGCUGCGGGGAUAUAAUUGAAUUAAAUUAAUAAUGAAGUAUUGAUUUUUAAAGAAUAAUUUAAUUCUUAACUGUCACAAACAAAUUAUUACUUUGCGCUCCAGUGAGUACAUUUAUUGUUCUAUUGUUAAUAUCAUAUUAUUUAUUAUUGGUCUCUGAUGAGUGCACGCUUUAACUGAUGGGUUGUUGUUCUGGUACACUGGAUAAACCGAAUGUACUCAUUCAGCUUUCUAAUACAUAAGUAGGAGUGAAGAAUACUACCCCUCUUACUCUUUUGGAGUCCUUAGGUGGUUGGCUUUACUCAUCAGAACCAGGUAGAUGUGUGGGGUCCGAAGUCCGAACCAAUCACGUUGCACCAUCUGGAUAUCGCAUUCGAUAGGCCUUAGAAAUGAAUUAUAGUGUAUAUUCUUUUGUUUGAUUGAUCACAAAUUUACUACCAUCAACCUUUACUGGUUCAUGGAAAUUUUAGUCGGCCCACUUAAUAUCAAUUUUCUAUGCAAUAAGUACCACAUUUCUUGUGAAUAAAAAAAGAAAACAUACUGUUGGUCCUUUUUUACGUUAGGAGUACAGGUGCAAUAUGAUUGAUAUUGAUACAGGGCACACAGGUAUCUAACAAUUUUACUAUUUAUCUAUUUAUAUUACAAAUUUUUUGAAAUAAAGGAUACACUUAGAAUUUUAAAAAACA